AUGGUCUUCAAGAAGUCCCUGCUCAUUGCGGCCCUUGCCACCGCCAUCAGCUCCGCACAGGCUGCCGAGCCGGCCUGCAAGUUCCAGGCGGGCUCGUGGAAUGAGCUCAAGAUCAGCGGCCAGCCGAUCGGUGUGACUCACUCUGGUGACGUCGUCGUUGGCGGUGCUCCUCACCUCUUCUCGUACGCGGUCUGCAACUCCAAGACCACCGGUACCAAGGCCAAGAACCAGGCCGUCGAGGGCUACAUCGUCGACGCCUACAACACCACCCAGUGUCUCAGCCUCGGCAAGAAGGAAGCCCAAAGCGCGCCGAUCACCCUGUCCCCCUGCAGGUUCAACAAGCAGGGCCACGUCGUGCACUCGCAGACCUUUGCAUGGAUCCCCAACGGCCCGGACGCUGUCAACGCCACCGCUUACUUCAAGGGUGUCAACGACGAGCCCAUCUCCAAGAAGAGCCCGCCCAAGUACACUCUUCACUACGAGCUCCAGCACCCGGGCCUCAACGGACAGCUCGGAAGGCUCAUGGCCGACUACACGCCGAACCUCAAGGCGCUGCCCGAGGGUCAGCUGACUCUGUCUCUGGAGAAGCACACCGGCGAGCUGCCUGCUAAGCAGGCCGUUCUCAACUGCACUGAGAUCAUCGAGGGCCAGCUGAUCUACAGCAACGCUACCGCCCGUGGCAACACCUACACUGGUCCCCUCAACGCCAUUUGGGAGGCCGACGCCAAGAGUGCCGACAAGUUCCUGUUGCAGAAGUGCGACUACUCGUCGCUCGGCUUCACCGAGACUUCCAAGUACGCCUAUGGCCGCCUUCGUCCUGCUGCGGACAAGGCUAGCGGCUUCGUCACCUGCUACAGCAUGGAGGGUCCUCUGGGCGGAUCGGGUCCCACUGCUGUGCCUGCUCGUCGUCCUCACAUCACCUCGAUCGUGCCCAAGCCUUGCACGUUCAACGUGGCCGCGGGUCGCGACCUCGUCAGGUACAACAAGCAGACAAAGACCGUCAAGUUCGUCCCCUACCCUCACCUGCGUCGCACCGGUAGCCUCUACUGGUACACUCAGGCCGACUACGACAAGAACUUCCGUGUCGAGCAGAAGCUCACCAGCCCUAAGUUCAUCGGCCAGGCUUACCUCGACCACAACAACGUCUUCCUCACCAAGUUCCGCCCCGGCAAUGUCACCUUCCAGGCUGAUCCUGUUCUCAACGCCCAGCCCGCUACCAAGGUUGAGCAGCCGGUCAAGGCCUAG